AUGGCAGACCUUCAGGAGCUGUUCAAUGCUGCUAUAGAGCCACUUCCGCCCAUCGACGAUGAGAAUUUCGCGCCUCACCUCGAUAGCUUUGCAGGUAGACAAGUUGUUCUCCUUGGUGAUGGAACACACGGCACAUCGGAAUUCUAUCGCGCACGUGCUGAGAUCACCAAGCGUCUUAUCAAAGUUCACGGCUAUACCAUAGUCGCCGUCGAGGCUGAUUGGCCUGACGCAGAGGCCAUUGACCGCCAUGUACGUAUGCGACCAGGCCCCAAAGCCAGUAUUGGAGGCGUAGCAUGCGGACAGGAAAAACAUGAGCCCUUCAAGAGAUUUCCGACCUGGAUGUGGCGCAACCGCGAGAUGCAGGAACUGGUGGAGUGGAUGCGAGAAUGGAACAAGGAUCAACCAGAGGAAUGUCGAGUGGGAUUCUAUGGCCUUGAUCUCUACAGCAUGGGCGCAUCGAUGAAAGCGGUUAUUGACUAUCUUGACCGAGUGCAUCCCGCAGCAGGCAAAGAAGCUCGGGAACUAUACGGCUGUCUGGACCCGUGGGCCGAUGACCCGGUAGCAUACGGUCUGGCAAGCAUGCAAGGAAUGCGAGACUGUGAAGCUCAAGUCAUACAGAUUUUGCGAGACUUUCUCAACAAUCGGCUGGAGUACAUGAAGAGCGACAGUCUCGACGGCGAAGAAUUCCAGAGUGGCAAGCAAAACGCCUUCCUUGUUCGGGACGCGGAACAAUACUACAAAGCUAUGUACUGGAGUUCCACCAGCUCAUGGUCUUUGCGCGAUACACACAUGUUCGAGACAUUGGCUCGUAUACUACAAGCCUGCCCUUCACCUCUCCAUAAAGCGGUUGUGUGGGCGCAUAACUCGCACGUUGGGGAUGCUCGCUACACUAGCAUGGGAUUUCAUUGCAGUGAGAUAAACAUUGGUCAGCUUUGUCGGCAACGUCUGGGCCCUGAAAAUGUCUCAAUCAUUGGAUGCGGUACUCAUACAGGCACAGUAGCUGCCGCACGCGAGUGGGACGAGGACAUGGAAAUUAUGAAUGUGCGACCGUCAAGAGAUGAUAGUUGGGAAAGAAUGGCGCACGAUACUGGGGUCGAACGCUUUCUUCUUGACCUUCGACGUGGUCAUCAUGACCCUGGCCUGCGUGCUGCCUUUUCGGAGGAGAAUCGUCUGCAGCGCUUCAUUGGCGUGAUUUAUAAGCCCAAGACCGAGAAGUCUUCUCAUUACUCUCAAGCCUUUCUUCAUAAACAAUUUGACGGUUUCAUCUUCUUCGAUCAUACCGAGGCUGUGAAAUCAUUGGAGAAAAUACAGCCUGCAACAGCUCUGGGACGUGGAGAGACAUAUCCGUUCGGGCUUUAA